GUCCCGCUGGACUGACGGACACAGCAGGCUGACCCGCAGACAGUGAGACACAGUUUUUGGAGAGAGUGGGAACAUUGGUCCAUGCAUGCUGAUGCUGCAGAGCGCAGAGGUGUUGCAUGCGUGGAUGUGCGUGAAUGGGUUUGCCUCCGCGUGUGUGGUGCUGCUGAACUGGGUCAUGCGGACCACUGGAGGAGCAAGAGAUAAACACUCCUCCUCCUCCCGCUGCUUGGCAGGUUGAGAUGGUGGGCGCUCAGAGGAGGGAUCCCAGCCUGUCUCCUCAUCUCUGCCUCCAGCGUCAGAUGAGUUAAUCCGCCUCCGAUAGAAAAAGUAAAAAAAAGAGCAUCUCCAGAAGCAUCUUCUUUCUUCUUCUUGGGCGGGCAGCAGAAGGCACUGAAGAAAUAUGAGUCAAGCUGUUUUUUUCAAUGGACCUGCGUGUUUUUAAGCACCUUUAGUCUGAUCCAUAAAAGAGGAGCUUCGUCCGUCAGUUUCCUGCAGAGCCCGGUGGAGCAGAGCAGCUCUGAUGCAGGACCAUGGAGGAGAGAGACAGGUCGCCAGCAGUCUGCCCCACAGCGUCAAGGCGUGCCUGUCUCUUUCUCCAUCUGGGCCGGGACGGGUGGGCAGCGGUGGGGGCUCACCUACCUCCAAGAUGGGCUACUGCGGGGGGGUGCCAGUGGAGGACAUGCAGGCCCUGGCCAUCACCUCUCUGUCGGCAGCAGAUGUAGCCAAACAGUAUGAGCACAUCCGCGAACUGGGGAAGGGGACGUACGGAAAGGUGGACCUGGUGGCACACCGGACACAGGGGACCAAGAUAGCGCUGAAGUUUGUUACCAAGAACAAAACGAAGCUCAAGAGUUUCCUGCGGGAGUACAGUCUAACGGGCUCUCUAAGCUGCAGCCCUUUCAUUAUCAAAAUCCUGGACGUGCUCUUCGAGACGGAGGACAGCUAUGUGUUUGGACAAGAAUAUGCGCCCGCUGGGGACCUUUUCGACAUCAUCCCCCCACAGGCUGGUCUGCCGGAAGAGAUGGUCAAGCGCUGCAUGCAACAGCUGGGUUUGGCCCUGGACUUUAUGCACAGUAAAAACCUGGUGCAUAGAGAUGUGAAACCUGAGAAUGUGCUCCUAUUUGACCGUGAGUGCCGUCGCAUCAAGCUGGCUGACUUCGGCAUGACCCGGCGCGUGGGGAGCCGAGUGAAAAGAGUGAGUGGCACCAUCCCCUACACGGCACCAGAGGUGUGCCGCGCUAGCCGUGUUGAGGGUUUCCUUGUCACCACCAGUCUGGAUGUGUGGGCGUUCGGUGUGCUCGUCUUCUGUAUGCUGACAGGCAACUUCCCCUGGGAGGCCGCGUUGCCGGCUGACGCUUUCUACGAGGAGUUCCGGCGCUGGCAGAAAGCAGGGUGUCCUGUGGGGACGUACCCGUCUCAGUGGCGCCGCUUCACGGAUGAUGCCUUGCGCAUGUUUCAGCGCCUGCUCGCUGCUGAGCCAGAAAAACGCUGUGGAGUCAAGGACGUCUUCUGCUUUGUCAAGUACGAGCUGGUGAGCGAGCUCAGGAGAAGAGCAUCCUGCCGAGCCAAGAGAGGCGAGAGGUCAAGCUCAGGAGUUUGCACUGGCAGUUGCACUCCGUCCUCGUCCAACACCUCAUCACGGUCCUCCCACAGACACCCUGAGCCCUCCACCCCCCCUGGAACAAUCUGCCUCCGCCCAGCACCGCUCAAACGCAGCGUCCUGUCUGAUCCGCUGUCUCCCAGAGAGGAGUCUGGACACCAGUCGCCAGGCCGAGACAAGAACAAAAGCCAGAUGGUGAUGGCAACUGCCAUUGAAAUCUGUGUGUGACCACACAAAUGUUAGCAGUGGACACUCGCUGGCUCCUCACAGUAAUAACAAGCUGUGAAGAGGUGUUAAUGACAGCCACUGAGACUUCAUUGAAAAAGGAGAGGUACUUUAACCAUGAAAGAGAAGCUCAGGAUCACAUCCCCGCUUGUGGAAAUGGACAUCAUCAAUCAGCGGUACACACUUGGACAGCUUAUCCCUGGCACAUGCCGUUUAGGUUUGAUUUGUGACCAAAGACUCUUCUUCCCGAGCUGAGAAGCGGUUUAAGAGUCCGCCGGUGUUGCUCCUCUCAGCAGCUCAAUCUGCCAUCAAGACUUUUGUGUUUUCUGUCCAUACACUGUGGUGGUGCUAAUGAUUCAAUGAUUAGAUACUUUCUUUCUCACUCAUCCCUCCAUGUCUCUUUACUGGUCUUUAUUUAUCUCAAGGUACAAGCUCCAGGGAGGCCAAAAUGAUCUGUGGAUGACGUUAUGUUAGAGGCCGGUGAUCUGAGGCUAAUCUACGCAACUUCAUUCGACUGCCAUUUCUCAGAUUUUCUUCCAAUUCCCAAUGCAUAAAAUGUUUCUUUUUUUCAAGGUAAAAGUGUUAAAAAUAGAAAAAAACCUAUAUGUAGCAGUUUGUAUGAGAUGUUUUUUUAUGUCCGUGUCUAGACUAGAGAUAGGCAUCACCUCAGGACACCUCAGUGGGUCACUUUCUGUUUUAUUAUUAAUGGGAAUAGAUUGACUGGCUGAAAAACACAUCUUUGCCACUUGUGCACUGCUCCCAGUGAGAUUCAAUUCAAUGUAAAAAAAUAGGCUACAGGGACCGAGCAUUUUCUGAGUGAAAAGGAGGUGAACAAAGACGGGGAGAAGAAAUGUGUUUUUAUUAUUUCUUUUUUACCUGCUGUGUUUAUUUGGGUGUGUGUGUGUGUUUCAAAUGUUCAAGCACAAGAAUUUUCUAAAGAGGGGGAACUCUUAGUGAAAACUACCACUAUGUAUUGUAAAUAUUUUUGAUAUGUCUAGGAGUACACCGUGUUAUCAGGUAGUUCAACUAUGUAGCACUACUAAUUUUCUAUGACAGAUUAAGAUGUUUUAGGGUUUUACUUUUAAUGUUGGGGGCAAUGCACUGUAUGUAGCAACAAAAUAAGACAGAAUGUACAGUAUAUGACAACAAAUUAAAUAUAUAGAAAUAUGAUCAAGAGCCUAUCACAAUGUUGAACAUGGUAGCAGCAGCUGCUCUUUUAUUGUUUUUGUGUUUGUUUCAUCAUGUUUUCUUUUAGAGAUCUGCCACACAAAUUGGUGAAUAGACACCACUAAUGUUCCUAUCAUCAUGAGCAACAUUCAUUUCCUGUGUAAAAUCAUCAUGCUCCACGCUUGUCAAUUAAUAGCUUGUUCUUCUUCAUUCAAUCGGUUAAAGAUACAGAAAGGCUGCUUUGAGAAGUGGCAAAUUAAUUUCCCAACACUACAAAAGGUGUUCCAAUAUUUGAUUAUCAAGAUGCGACAUUAUCACACAAUCCUAACUGCGCAGAAUAUGUUGUUGCACCUGUUAUGUUGGCAUUAUUUCUUAUUCUCCUGCCUCUCUCUGGGAAUUCAUCCAAAAGUAUCACUCGAACAGCAGAGCCCAGGUGUUUAUUGUCUGGAUGGAUGACCUCUGUGUCACGUCUGAAUUUUUCUGGGAGCUGAUGAUUAAGCCUGACCAGCUUCAGCUUCCAAAGAGAAGAUCCUGAUAUUGAUAAAAGCUUUUAAAAAGCAGUGUAAGAUUAAUGUGAAUGCUUCAACGCGUACCAUUAUCUGUUUGGCUUGGAAUGAGUUAUAGUUUACUAGUGUGUUUGUGUGUGUGUGUGUGUGUGUGUGUGUGUGUGUGUGUGUGUGUGUGUGUGUGUGUGUGUGUGUGUGUGUGUGUGUGUGUGUGUGUGUUCAUAUUUGUGUGUGCUGGUCUUCAUUUUACACUCCUUCCAUGAUCAGCUCUGUCGCUAUAGUGACAGUGCUGGUUCUCAUCUGGUUCCCCUUCUCUCCUCUUCUUGAAAACCGAGUCUAACUUAGCCCAAAUGAAACAACUGGUCGCCAACCUGCCUCCAAGUCACCCACCGCUUCUCAUGACUGCUGCUUAGCUUAUUAUACUGGAUGACACAUUUCUGCAGACUACAUUAUCCUGCGUUUUAUCACCACAGUCUUUACCCAGCCUCAUCAGGCUAAAUCGAAGCUUUUGAUAGUCCCCAUCAGUCCCUUGUCUCUUUCCAUACUUACUCUUGAUUCUGCAAAGGAGACCUGAUUGAGGCUGAAGACUGGUCAAAGGGAUGUAUUGUGUGCAGAGAGGCCCCAUGGGAUCUAUCAAAAGGUAAUCCAUCAGUCCAUUGAGGAGAGAUGUGAAUUAGCCCUGCUCAGUGUGAUGUAGAAUCUACAUAGUAGACAAAGACAGAGACUAGAUGGACGGUAAAAAACUAAUAUAAAAGUAAUGCAAUUCAACAUAAUGCAACUUAACAAUACUGAGUGCAACAUUGCAUACCAUAACAUGAGUCAUAACAUCAAGCAUUAUAACGUGAUGCACCAUGACUUGAUGCAUCACGACUUGACGCAUCAUGACUUGACGUAAUAUAACAUGAGAAAUCCUAACAUGAGAAAUCCUAACAUGACAGAUCAUACCAUGACACAUGAAAACAUGACGUAUCAUAACAUGACGUAUUGUAACAUUAAGUAUUAUAGCAUGACUCAUCUUAAGGCAUAUUUGACCCUAAGGAAUCAUAUCACAAAGCAUCAUGACAGGACAAAACAUUAUAUGACUCAACAUCACAUGACUUAUCAUAAUACAACGCUUCAUAACAUGUCACAUUACAUGACUUGUCAUUACAUAUAGCCCGUGUCACAGUGAUUUGAUGUGAGCAGCUGUGGCUUUGUUAAACAUCAUACUAUUAGGAUUAUUAGACUACUAUCAGUUGUUGCAAUGUGCAAGACUGUUUCUCAUGGACUGUUAUGACAGGAUUGUCAAGUUUAAUAAUGGGGUGUCAAAUUAUUUCAUUAUUAUACUGAAGCUUUAGACUAGACUAGCCUCCCUUUGCCCGGUUUAUCCUGAUCCUAUGAUCAAGCUGUUUUCUGCCAGCAAGUGUUGUUGUAGAAUCUCAUGUAAAUACUAAAUGUACUGUGUCUUUAACAAAAAAAUAAAAUAAAAUAAACACAAUGUUCAUAUAUGUUAAAUAAAUAAAUUGA